UUUCUUUUUUAAGUCGCAUUCUGUGGCUUGUAACUUUCUCUCUGAGUGAUCAUUUUCCAUGUAAAUAUAGCCGAAAUCACAGCACAGCCGAUGUCUUUAACUUGUGUGUGUGGUGAUUUUGUCAGACGACGUGGCGGUUAUAAAAUCAGGAUUUUAGCAGCGCAGAGCAGCAGCUUGGAAAUGGCUUGGAAGUGACUGCUGGUUAACAUGUAGUCUUAAUGAGCCGCGUUUCACUCACUAUUUCAGACUCGUUCCGCUGUCUGACAACAGAAACAGAAAAAUGGGUCAAUGUGAACAGCUUUACUGGGAAUUCGGCUUUAUUAAAAUACAGUAUGUGAGCACAGAGAGAAGGAGAGAAGCAAACAGAUGUAAAGGACUAACACCAGACAGAAUGCAAACACGACGCCAUGACGUCACGGACACGCUAAUCAGCGCAUGACGUCACAUUUAGCGACUAUUCGAGCAGGCUUUAGCUACUUUCCAUUGAAAGCAGUUGGCAGCAGUGCACUGAGGAGAGCCAUUAUCUGUCUCUAAACGCUUUUAAAUGCAUUUUUCAGUAAGAGAGAUUAGCUGCUUCUCCUGCUCACUGUUCCCCUGGGCCUGGAGAUGUGGAGUGUGAUUUCUGCACUGAGAGAAAACACAAAGCCAUCAAGUCCUGUCUGAUUUGUCUGACCUCCUUUUGUGAACCUCAUCUGAAAGCUCAGCAUGAAGUUCCAGCUUUGAAAAGGCACAAGCUGGAAAAAGCCACGACGCAGCUACAGGAGAAGAUCUGCUCACAGCACCACAAGCUGAUGGAGAUCUACUGUCAUACUGACCAAAGCUCCAUCUGUUAUAUGUGUACGAUGGAUGAACACAAAGCUCACAACAUCAUCUCAGGUGUGUCAGAAAGAACCGAGAAACAGCAUGAGCUAGAGGAGGAGCAGAUGAAAUCCCAGCAGAGAAUCCAGGAGAAGCAGAAGAAGGUGCAGGAGCUGAAACAGGCUGUGAACACUAUAAAGCUGAGUGCACAGACAGCAGUGGAGGACAGUGAGAGGAUCUUUACUGAGCUGAUUAGCUCCAUGGAGAAAAAGCGCUCGGAGGUGACGGAGCUGAUCAGAGCUCAGGAGAAGGCUGAACUGAGUCGAGCUGAACGACUCCUGGAGCAACUGGAGCAGGAGAUUGCUGAUCUUCAGAGGAGAGUCACUGAGCUGGAGCAGCUUUCACACACACACGAUCACAUCCAUUUCCUCCAGAGUUUCCAGUCUGUCUCUUCUGGACAUAAGGACUCAUCAAGCAUCCACGUUAAUCCAUGUCUCUCAUUCGACGGUGUGAGGAAGUAUCUCUCAGACCUGAAAAAGCGACUGGAGGAAUUCUGCACUGAGGAAUUGAAAAUCUCUCCACAUGAUUCUGCAGUUCAGAUGAUGUCACCCUCAGAGCCAAAGAGCAGGCAAGAUUUUUUGAAAUAUUUCUGUUCUCUGACUCUGGACCCCAACACAGUAAAUCAGCACCUCAUUCUGAGUGACAACAACAGAGUGCUGAGACACAGCUGGAGAGACCAGGAGUACUCUGAUCAUCCGGAGCGGUUUGACUACCACUGGCAGGUGUUGUGUGAGGAGAGUAUGCUUGGACGCCAUUACUGGGAGGUGGAGUGGAUGCGAGAUGACGAUGUGGAAAUAUCCGUCUCGUACAGAGAGAUCUGCAGGAAAGGAUGGCGCGACGAGUGCAAGUUUGGACGCAACGAUCGGUCCUGGUGUCUGCGCUGUUCUUCCACGUCUCUCUGUUUCUAUCACAACAACAUUCAGACCGAGAUCCAAGGGCCAUCAUCCUCCAGAAUAGGAGUGUAUGUGGAUCACAGUGCAGGAACUCUGUCCUUCUACAGCGUCUCUGACACGAUGAAGCUCCUCCACAGAGUCCACACCACAUUCACUCAGCCUCUAUACGCUGGGUUUGGGAUCUACUUGUUAGAUGACGAUAUAACUGUGAGGUUGUGUGAUCCUUAGUAAUAUGUGUAGUGCAGUAAGAUGUGUCCCAGUUUCUCACAACUAUAUAUAUACUGUUAAAUUGACUUGUUAAUCUCUGACACUUGUAGGAAUACAAAUAUAAGAGUUAGUGUUUUCCAAUAUGUGUACAGCAUCAACUAAAUGAUUAUGCUGAGCAAAGUUUCUAGUAGGAGGUUUCUGCCAGUUCCUGUUCUCUUUAGUGCGAGUCAAACGAGCAUAGUAACUGAGGCUACCACCUUUUGUCUGUGAUGGCUCUUGGUGCCUCUGCCCCAUUCUUUGCAUUGGUGGCCAUUGUUCAUGAUCAUCAAUACCUGAGGUGUGGACUUUUCUUUAUCUCUAUGAUAAUGAAGUGUGUGAGUGGUUUAGUUAUGCUGAUUGGAUUAGAGCUGGUGAAACUGCAGAGUCUGGGGAGGGUUCCUAUAACUCUGUACUUCUUUUCCAUGUUUUGUUUAAAGUUGUCACCUGAGUGCUUUUGUCUCCACCUCUAAGGACUGACCCUUAAAAUGUGUAUAAAACUACAAUGUACAGAUCUCUUGUUUAGACUUGAUGACUGCAGAGUGAAACAGCACGUUCUCAAUAAAGAAUCCUGCUGAAGAUA